CGCACACACGCUAGCCUACGACAGAGCAUCCCGUAAUCAGGUCACAUUUCACUGUGGACUCAGCAUCCAUCUCCUUCGCAUAAAAGAAACACCUUCAUGAACGUUUGUUUGUCUACCAGGCUACCGCCAAGCACCAAACAAUGAGGGAAAUAACCAAUUUUUGUAGCAUUCUGACCGCAGCUGUGGCGAUGUUGGGGAUUUCGGUGCAAGGAGAAAUGAAGACGGCAAAAGAACCCGGAAAAUCUGGGAAAUCCAUGGAAGAUGAGCAGUGGCUGUCCACCAUUUCCCAAUACAGUCGCAAGAUCAAGCACUGGAACCGCUUCAGAGACGAUGACUACAUUCGAUCAUGGGAUGCUGCUCAGGUUUCAAGCGAAAAUGUGGACACCACCAAGGACCCCUGUCAGAAGAUGAAGUGUAGCCAGCACAAGGUCUGUGUUGCCCAGGGUUACCAGCGUGCCGUGUGUGUCAAUCGCAAGAAGCUGGAGCACAGGAUCCGGCUCCCGCUGGUGAAGGCUGAGCGCCGCUGUAGCCCCUGUCCCGUGUCCACCUCAGGGCCUGUCUGCGGAACUGAUGGACACAAUUACGCCUCUCAGUGUAAACUGGAGCAGCAGGCGUGUCUCUCGGGGAAGGAGCUGAGUGUCAAGUGUUCCGGCCUCUGCCCCUGCCCCUCCACACCUAGCCCCCCUCCCCAGGACAAGGACACCAGCAGGCACGAGAGUUGUACUGGGCAGGAUCUGGCUGAUCUGGGCGACCGGCUGCGGGACUGGUUCCAGCUGCUGCAGGGCAGUGCCAAGCAGAACUCAACAGGCAGCAGCAACCCCUCAGCCAGCUCUGGCAGCUCGGCCGUAGACCGGAGCCUGGUGGCCAGCUGUAAGGACUCUGUGGGCUGGAUGUUCUCCAAGCUGGACACCAAUGGAGACCUGUUCCUGGAUCAGGCGGAGCUGGCCGCCAUCAACCUGGACAAGUACGAGCUCUGCAUACGGCCCUUCUUCAACUCCUGCGACUCGUACCGCGACGGUCAGGUGUCCAUGGCCGAGUGGUGCCUCUGCUUCUGGAGAGACAAGCCCCCCUGUCUGGAGGAGCUGCAGAGGAUCCAAAUGCAGGAGGGUGCCAAGAGGAAGCCGGGAGCCUUUGUGCCGAGCUGUGAUGAGGACGGCUACUACCGCAAGCUGCAGUGCGACGAGAGCAGUGGAGAGUGCUGGUGUGUGGACCAGCACGGAGCAGAGCUGACAGGCUCCCGCCUCCAGGGCAACCUAGACUGUGAUGAGGUGGUGGCGUACUCUGGCGAUUUCGGCAGUGGGGUUGGCUGGGAGGACGAGGAGGAGAAACAAGAGGCGGAGAACAUGGAGGAGGCAGAGGAGGAGGAAGAGGAGGAGGAGGUGGGAGAAGUGGACGACGGUGGCUACAUCUGGUAGACCCUGAGGUGCUCAAACAUGGCUGCUUGAUGACAUCAAAAAACCCCUCUCUCAGUCAGUGAGAGUUGACAGGGAGCGCUCUCAAUCUCUUGACACAUGGCGGUGGCGGUUGGGAGGUUCUUGACUGGACAAGUUUCUUACAAUACGCACUCAAGAACAGCACGGGUGGGUCAGGACUCUAGGUGGUAUAGUGACAGUGGAAACGGAAAGAUAUUUCAAAAUGUUUUGUCAUAAAUUCUUGUGAAAUGUCAUAUACAUUGUAUCGUAUGUUCAAGACCUUUUUUGUUUCUCCUGCAGCUGUCUUUUGCUUCCACCACCACUGAGUCAAGCCCCUGCCCUUAUACUUCUCAAAAAGAUGGAUGUACAUGAUAAAAAAAAAUGUAUAUUGAAUGUUUAAUGAUUCUCGUAAAACCCAAUCGUCUAAUUUGUGAACUUGAAGGACUU